AUGAGCACGAGCACGGCAAGCAGCCGGCAGUUCUCCCGGCGCCAGUCCAUAGAUCCACACUCCAAGUCCAGCCAAGUAGCCGCUUAUGGCGCCCUUAGAGCCAACCCCGCGAUUCCGCCUCCCACGCCUAAGGGAAAGCCGGCGAAGUACGGGCUGGGCGAGGACUCGAUGAUCGGGCAGGAGAUCAAGCACCUGGAGUCGGAGUCGUUCAACGCGGACCAGUUCAUGCAGGCGAAAUGCAAGGCCAUGAGCGAAAAGUCAUUGCGGAAGCUGUGCGCGGAACUGGUGGACUUCAAGCGCGCAUCCGCGGAGGAGAUGCGCAAGAGCGUGUACGCCAACUACAAGUCCUUCAUCCGCACGGCAAAGGAGAUAUCGGAGCUGGAGGGCGAGCUGCGCAACGUGCGCUCGCUGCUCACCGCACAGUCCACGCUCAUCCACUCCCUCUCCGACCGCUCGCCCAUCGUCCAAUCACACCUCGCCGACCCCGACCGCUCCGUCUACGAGGACGACAAGGAAGCUUCCUCGCAGGAGGCCAAUCUGCUGCAAAUCCCGGACAAAAUGGCUGUGUGCCUGGCAGAGAGGCGGAUAGACGAGGCUCUUGAUCUGCUGGCGAAAGGGGAAGAUGCUGUGGUGAUGUGCCGCGUGGGGCAGCGGCCAGCAGUGAAUAAAGACUCCCUGGAGACCCUAGAUACGAGCCUUGCUGAGAAGCGCGCCGAGCUGGUUGACCUGCUGGCGCGGAUCACCCUGCAGCCGUCGGUUCGGCGAGCAGAGCUUCGGCACGCCGUGGCUGCGCUGGCGAGGCUCGGCGACCCGAAGCGCGCGCACACGCUGAUGCUGGCAUGCCACGGCGCGCAGGUGCAGGCUGCCGUGCAGCCGCUGCGCCCGGGGGGCGUAUCCUACGGUGCAGCUUACACGGCCAAGAUCUCACGGCUGGUAUUCUCCACGAUCCUGGCAGCAGCUCAGGACUCCAAGGCGGUUUUCGGCGACACGCCCUCAUGCGCGUCAGAGCUGGUGCUCUGGGCGCACGGGCAGACAGAAUGGUGCGGGGACCUGCUGCAACAGUACGUGCUGACGUCGGCUGCGGCAGCUGGCGGGCUGCGAUUGGCCGCUGAGUGCGUGCAAAUCGCGGUGGGGCAUUGUUCGCUGCUGGAGGAUCAUGGGCUGGCCAUGGCGGCCGUGCUCAUGCGCCUCGUGCGCCCCAAUGUGGAGCUUGCGCUGGAGGCGAACAUAAGGCGGAUAGAGGAGAGCGUGCAGGCCAUGGCUGCGGGGGACGACUAG